GCGGACCCGGGCUGGCUGAUCCACUACCCUACCAAGGAAGACCCAGAGACGGGUCUCGAGACCGCGACUCUUGGUCUGCGCUUUCCACUAAGACCCAGACUACUACGGCUGGGCAGUGUCUCCAUCAUGUGCACAGCUUCCAUCUUUAAUCUCUAUCUGAAGAGUACCGAGGUCUUAGUCCUUGCCGAUGUACCCUUCCACGCCUCCAUCAUGGAGGGCAGGGCGGCCGCUGGUCCAG